AUGCCUUUGACGGCACAAAAUCCAAGUACCUUCCUUGCUUGGAAGACGCAGAUGAAACUCUACGUAGUUAUGCAGAGGAAGCGACUACCUGAGCAAUUUGACAGGGUUAUGAUGAUCCUGUCCUACAUAAAAGGAGGACACGCUGGCAAAUACAUUGCCACGUACAUGAAAAAAUACGACACCGAUGAAGAGAUGGUGAUCCAGACAACCAAGGCACUAUGGGAAGAUCUAGAUAAACACUUCCUAAUUGAUGAGGCAUCAGAAGCCUACGAUCAGCUGCAGGCGAUGCAGAUGGGCGUGCUAUCAGCGCAAGAAUUCUUCUCUAAGUUUGAGUUGUGCGCCUUCCCAAAUAUUCAUGACUUCGAGAAGCAUUUCCAAAAACUCAAAUCGCUUCUGGAAAGGGCACUACGGGCCGACAUCAUUUGGCUCCUAUACAACUCAUCAGAGGAAAUUCCGACUACUAUCGUAGACGGAAUCCGCAAUCCCAGCGGCAAGGACAAAUUCCAGCCUCGGCAGCAGCAGCAGGCACCAAACGCACCACGAGCGCAGAGUAAUGUAACCGUGCCAACUGCAAACGCUCCGGUUCAGACACGCCGCGAUGGGACAGACGUCACGUUCAGCGGCAGAGGCCAACCAAUGGAACUAGACCAGGCAUGA